GCCUGGGGGAUCAUCUUGGGCCAACAUGGGCCCUGAUUACAUGUUCCAUUUCCGCAGCGCCCAUGAUGUCUUCAGGGACUUCUUUGGGGGAAAGGAUCCUUUCUUUGGUGAUUCCAUGCCUUUUGGUCCUUGUGCCAGUGGAGGAAACGGGUUCCGGUUUUACUCUUCAUCAACCAACUUCAUUAAUGGAAAACAAAUCACCACCAAAAGAAUUGUUGAAGAUGGGGAGGAACGAGUGGAAAUUGAAGAGGAUGGGGAGCUUAAAUCUGUUCUUGUUAAUGGUAAGGAAGAGAAAUGUCUCAGAUGGUGCUUUGACUCAGCAGGAACUUUGAAAGAUGCUACACUCCUGACUCAGUCCACUUUGUGGCACAUUUGA